GCCCGGCGGAGCCCAUGCCCGAGCGCCGGGCAGCGCCAUGGAUGUGACGAAAAUGGGCAGCAUCCACCUGCAGAACCCCAGCCACCCCACCGGCCUGCUGGGCAAGGCGAACCAGAUGCGGCUGGCGGGGACGCUGUGCGACGUGGUCAUCUUAGUGGACAGCCAGGAGUUCCACGCCCACCGGACCGUCCUGGCCUGCACCAGCAAGAUGUUCGAGAUCCUCUUCCACCGCAGCAGCCAGCACUACACCCUGGACUUCCUGUCGCCCAAGACCUUCCAGCAGAUCCUGGAGUACGCCUACACGGCCACCCUGCAGGCCAAGGUGGAGGACCUGGACGACCUGCUCUACGCCGCCGAGAUCCUGGAGAUCGAGUACCUGGAGGAGCAGUGCCUCAAGAUCCUGGAGACCAUCCAGGCCUCGGACGAGAACGACCCCGGCCCCGACCCCGGGCCCGACCCCGGCGCGGCCGAGGAGGACGAGGAGCGCAAGGCUCGCUACCUCAAGGGCCUGCUGGCCGCCAAGCCGGCCGGCGGGGCCGGGCCCGGCCCGCAGGGGCCCCUGCUCGCCCAGAGCCCCUCGGUGUCCACCCCCUUCGGCCUGCCGGCCCUCAGCCCCACCAAGGCCGCCGUGGACAGCCUGAUGACCAUCGGCCAGUCGCUGCUGCAGGGCCCGCCGGCCCGGGCCGGGGGGCCGGACGAGGCCGGCGGCGGGGGCCCGGCCGGCGGGGCGGAGGGCAAGGCGGAGAUGAUGCAGGUGGACGAAGGGCAGAGCCCCUCCGGGCUGGCCGAGCCCGGCGCCCCGGCGGGGGACAAGGCCGACGAGCGGGCUUCCAAGGACAGCCCCGGGACCCCGACCCGCAGCAGCGUCAUCACCAGCGCCCGCGACCUGCACUACGGCCGGGACGAGGGCGCGGAGCCGGCGCCUCCCGCCGCCGCCCCCGCCGGCCCCGUCCCCGCCCCGGCCCCCGCCCCCGCCGCCCCCGAGCCCGGCCAGCCGCCCCCGGCGGGGAGGUCCGAGCCCGCCGGACCCCCGGCCGACGCCAAGCACCGGGGCCUCUUCUCCGUCCUGCCCAACCACAAGGCGGACUCGGGCCUGGCCCUGCCGGCCGCGGGGGCGCCCGCCCUGCACGGCCAGCCCACCCUGGCCGUGUCCAUGGACUUCAGCACCUACGGCGGGCUCCUGCCUCAGGGCUUCAUCCAGCGGGAGCUGUUCAGCAAGCUGGGCGAGCUGGCGGUGGGCGUCAAGACGGACGGCCGCGGGGGAGCCGCCGGAGAGCCGUGCAGCGUCUGCGGGGCCGAGCUGCCCGACAACGAGGCCGUGGAGCAGCACAGGAAGCUGCACAGCGGGAUGAAGACAUACGGGUGUGAGCUGUGUGGGAAGCGGUUCCUGGAUAGUUUGCGACUGAGAAUGCACUUACUGGCUCACUCAGCGGGUGCCAAAGCCUUUGUCUGCGAUCAGUGCGGUACCCAGUUCUCCAAGGAGGAUGCCCUGGAGAUCCACAGGCAGACGCACACUGGCACCGACAUGGCCGUCUUCUGCCUGCUGUGCGGAAAGCGCUUCCAGACGCAGUCGGCGCUGCAGCAGCACAUGGAAGUGCACGCGGGGGUGCGCAGCUACAUCUGCAGCGAGUGUAACCGCACUUUCCCCAGCCACACGGCCCUCAAGCGCCAUCUGCGCUCGCACACAGGAGACCACCCGUACGAGUGCGAGUUCUGCGGCAGCUGCUUCCGGGACGAGAGCACCCUCAAAGGGCACAAGCGCAUCCACACGGGCGAGAAGCCGUACGAGUGCAAUGGCUGCGGAAAGAAGUUCAGCCUGAAGCACCAGCUGGAGACCCACUACCGCGUGCACACAGGCGAGAAGCCGUUUGAGUGCAAACUGUGCCACCAACGCUCCCGAGACUACUCGGCCAUGAUCAAGCACCUGCGGACCCACAACGGCGCCUCCCCUUACCAGUGCACCAUCUGCCUGGAGUACUGCCCCAGCCUGUCGUCCAUGCAGAAGCACAUGAAGGGACACAAGCCCGAGGAGAUCCCUCCCGACUGGCGGAUCGAGAAGACUUAUCUCUACCUGUGCUACGUGUGAGGGCGGGGCCGGCGGGGCGGGGCGGGGGCGAGCCAGAAAAAGGCGAGGAUGGCAUUGGCGAGGAGUUUCUGGGGGGGUGGGGGUUGGGGGGCGACCGCGUGACCCGUCCCGAGUGGCUCGGUGAUUUUCAUUUCUGUCUUGACCUGCGUCUCCCUCCCGCCCCUCUCGCCGUCACCGGGGACAGAGUUUUGAGUGGGUGGACGGGUGGGGGUUGCCAGGAGGCAGGGAGGACCGCCCCCGCCGGGGCUCACCUCUCCUCUGAGGACUGGUCUGGGGGGGCCGGGCAGUUAGGGAGGGCUUGCUGGGUGGCCAGCUGGUGCUGGCUUGGGGGUGCCAGUCUGCACGGGGCAUCGACAGAGCCCCCCCCCUCACCAGUUCAGCCUUUGCUGCUUUCUCUUCCUUUGCGCUUCCCCCUCCCCACCCCACUCUCUCCUUCUGCACCCAAAGCCCCCUCCUUCCUCCCACCCCCCAGGAUGGGGGGAGACCCCCAUCCCCGCCCCCACCGGCCCUUACCCUGGGAGGCCGCGCUGCUGAAAGUCUUCGCUUCUGAAAUAGAAAUUCAAAAAGAAACAAAAAAAUAAAUAAAAUACCCACAAAAUGUCGGCCGGGGGAGGGGAGGGGGCGCUGGGGAGAAGGGGGCUCAGCCUGGAUGUUCCUGUUACCUGGAGCGGCCCGCCCCGGACACGCAGGGUCCGGGGGCUCCGAGGAAGGAAGAGGGAGCUGCGGCCGGUAGGUAGUGUUCCUCGGGUUCGCCCCGGCCGCGUAGACAGUGAAACCAUCCGGGUGACCCAAGUCCGCAGUGGGGCUGGGUUCGAGCCCGAGGUGACUGGGUCUCCCUGGGGGAGGAGGUUGGGGGACUGAGCUUCUUCCCACCCCACUCCCAAACACACACCUUUGAGAGUCCCUGCGGUGUAGACAGAGCCUGGGAUCCCCCGAGUCCAGCCCCUCCGCCCUCCUCCGGGAGGGCGGAGGGGGAGAGGGGCGGGAGCUGCUUUGUGACCAUGUGUUGCGUUUUGCUUCUUUUCGUUGGGUGUCCAUCCCUCUCCGCGUUUAGCACAUUGUACUUGAAUUACCUCA